GCACACGCGCGUCCCCCUCUGCACAGCCCGUGGACCCGCAGCCCCCCAGGACCGCGGGGCCCGGAACCCCGGCCAGCCGACUUGCUGCGGGUCACCUCAGGAGACCACCCUUCUUCCUUGGCUGAGGAACUCUCCUGUCCCUCCAACUCACAAUGAGUCAGCUGAGGCUGCUGCCGUUCAGGUUGGGACCACAGGCCAUGAGGCUCCUGGCCACACGGGACAUCCCAAUGUUCAGUGGGCACAGGAUGUCCUCUGGGCCACCGACCACCGUUCCAAGCAGCAGAAGUGGAGUCAGCUCCAGUUACAUGGAGGAGAUGUACUUUGCCUGGCUGGAAAACCCACAGAGUGUUCACAAGUCCUGGGACAGCUUUUUCCAGAAAGCUAGUAAGGAGGCCUCUCUGGGUCCUGCUCAGCCGCAGCCCCCUGCUGUCAUCCACGAGAUCAGGCCAUCAGUCUCAAGUUGCACCAAGACCAGCAAGUUGGUAGAAGACCACCUGGCAGUACAGUCCCUGAUUCGUGCCUACCAGAUCCGAGGCCACCAUGUGGCCCAGCUGGACCCCCUGGGCAUCCUGGAUGCAGACCUGGACUCCUUUGUGCCCUCAGACUUGAUAACCCACCGGCACCAUGUUCUUCAUGACCAGGAAGUUGACCGGAGGACGUGUGUCCCUAUGAACCACCUGUGGCCUGACCAGGCCCCCUAUACUGUGUGCAACAGCUCCCUCUCAGAGUACGGAGUUCUAGGCUUUGAGCUGGGCUAUGCCAUGGCCAGCCCCAACGCCCUGGUCCUCUGGGAAGCUCAGUUUGGUGACUUCCACAACACGGCCCAGUGUGUCAUCGACCAGUUCAUCAGCACUGGCCAGGCCAAGUGGGUGCGGCACAAUGGCAUCGUGCUCCUGCUGCCCCAUGGCAUGGAGGGCAUGGGUCCGGAGCACUCUUCGGCAAGGCCAGAGAGGUUCCUGCAGAUGAGUAAUGAUGACUCUGAUGCCUACCCGGUGUUCACUGAGGACUUCGAGGUGAGCCAGCUCUAUGACUGCAACUGGAUUGUGGUGAACUGCUCCACCCCAGCCAGCUACUUCCACGUGCUGCGCCGACAGAUCCUGCUGCCCUUCCGCAAGCCACUCAUUGUCUUCACACCCAAGUCUCUGCUGAGGCACCCUGACGCCAAGUCCAGCUUUGACCAGAUGGUGUCUGGAACUAGCUUCCAGCGAAUGAUUCCAGAAGAUGGCCCUGCGGCACAGUCUCCUGGGCAGGUCCAGCGACUCAUCUUCUGCACAGGAAAGGUAUACUAUGACCUGGUAAAGGAGCGCAGCAGCCAGGGCCUGGAGGAGCAGGUGGCCAUCACACGCCUGGAGCAGAUCUCGCCGUUCCCUUUUGACCUGAUCAUGCGGGAGGCAGAGAAGUACUCGGGUGCCGAGCUGGUGUGGUGCCAGGAGGAACAUAAGAACAUGGGCUAUUACGACUACAUCAGUCCACGCUUCAUGACUCUGCUUGGCCGCUCCCGGCCCAUAUGGUAUGUUGGCCGGGACCCAGCAGCUGCACCGGCCACUGGAAACAAGAACGCUCACUUUGUGUCACUGAGGAAGUUUCUGGAUACUGCCUUCAACCUGAAGGCCUUUGAGGGCAAGACAUUUUAGGAUGAGGCCAGACCUGCUCAGGACUUGCCAAGGGAGGUUAUCUGGGAACUUUGGGGCUCCCAGAUGAACCACACUCAAUGUAGCUAAACCACACUCAUGUAGCAGUUAGGACCAAAGAUUAGCAUUGCUAACUUUGGUCUCUGUGUUAUUUCAGAAUUGGUCAGGACCAAGAAUUAGCAUUCCUUAGAUAAAAGGGAUAUAGAUGUACUCUGUUACUCUGCUGGCCUUUCUGGAUCUCUCUUUCUCCCCCUUUCUCUCUCCUCUCUGUCUUUCUCGGUGGUUUUUCUGGCUGUAUUGGUCUUGUCUCUAGCCUGCCUCUGGAGCUGUGCACUGUCACUCCCGUCCCAGCUGUCUUCGUUGCCAUUCCCCCUGUUGUCUCCAUCCGUAGAUUCAAAGAGAUGGUCUCUGCCGAGAGAUGGUCUCAGCAGUAGCAAUUUCAGCAAUAACGGCAGGUGAAGCUCAACCACCCCGGAAACUCUGUGAGAUGUAGCGCACACGUGUGAACCAAAGCAGGAAACCAAAGAGCAGAGGAAUAAAGGCGCGCUUGGGAAAGA